AUGACCAACCCCCAACCCACUAACCCAAACACCCCUCGCCACCGACCCUUUCCCUUUCUCUCCCUCCCACCCGACCUCCGCAACCAAAUCUACCCCCUCAUCUUCUCUCCCUCCCUCCUCCCCACAGGCCAAACCCUCCCCCUCCUCACCGCCGCCGCCGUCCACCUCCGCCCCUCCCUCUCCCAAGUCAACCGCCAACUCCGCAACGAAACGCUCCAACUCUACCACGACUGGACCGCUCCCUUCUGGCGCCACAACACCUUCACCAUCCGCCUCGGCUCCAACGACCGCUCCAGCGUUGACCGCUUCCGGCUGCGGCACUACAAAGGAAGCGACGAACUGUCCCACCUACAAACCCUCUGCGGUUCCGGCUUCGUGCUCCGCAACCUUCACAUCCACCUCGCCGCCCUUCUGAAGCAGUCCACACCCUUCCAACUCCGACAGCACAAGUUCGAGCACGAACUCCCGUCCCUCUGCAUCCAAAUCCAACUCCGCAUCCGCGAAAGAAGAGAUGCCAGCGGAUGGAGUUUCGUGCUCCGAAGGCCGGGGGGGAACGUGCUGCCGCGGAGUGAUGUGGUGGCUAUUACUGCGGGAGGACUGGUCGGGGGCGGAGAGGAGGGCGCCGGGAUGUACGAGCGCGGAGGUUAUGGAGCGGUGUUUGGAGGUUGUUGA